AUGCUACACCGACAUACCCCACCCUCAUGCAACAACCUCAUAUCUCACCCUCAUGCUACACCCACAUCCCCACCCGCAUGUUACAACCACAUACAUCACCAUUAUGCUACACCAACAUCCCCACCCUCAUGCUUCACUCAUAUACCCCACCCUCAUGCUUCACCCACAUACACUACCAUCAUGUUCAACCCAUAUAAACCACCCUCAUGUUCAACCCACAUACCCCACCCUCAUACAUCACCCUCAUGCUACACCCACAUCUCCGCCCACAUAACCCACCCUCAUGCUCAACCCAAAUACAUCACCCUCAUGUUCCACCCAUACAACCCACCUUCAUGUUCCAGCCACUUCCCCUACUCUUAUGAUCAACCCACAUACCUCACCCUCAUGCUACAUCCACAUAACCUACUCAUGCUACAACCACAUACCUCAUCAUCCUCAUACUCCACCAAUAUACCCCGCCCUCAUGCUACAACCACAUAA